AUGAGCUCCCCCGAAGUUCUCUUGGUCAUAACACCCUUUGCCCCCAAGCCAGAAUGGCUUGCCAAUCUCAAGGCGAAAUGCCCCAGUGUCGAAGUCAUAUCAUACCCUACAGAGCUAUACGCGCAAGAGGUGCCCAAGGAAGUGCCCGCCGACGUGUGGAAGCGAACUACAUCCCUCUUCGCAUGGAAGGCAUUCCCUCCCAGGGAGUGGGUGCCCAACCUGCAAUUUGUCCAGCUUCUCAGCGCUGGGUGUGCCCAGAUCUUUGGUCUGCCUCUUUUCGAGGAGACUGAGAUUGCCUUUUCCACAUCAAACGGCUCUCAUGCGCCUCAAGUGUCUGAAUGGGUGAUUGGUACAUGGCUAGCACACCAGCACUUUUUCCCUCACUACAUUGACCUUCAAAAGCAGAGCAAAUGGGUGGACCCUGACUCGGAUGAAGAUACCGAAGAUUCUGUGGGCUUGAGGGUUGGUAUCCUUGGCUACGGAAAUAUUGGCCGCCAAGUCGCCAAGAUCGCCACAACUCUCGGCAUGGACGUUCAUGCAUACACCCUGCACGAGCGAGCCACUGCCGAGUCACGGAAGGACGAUGGCUUCGUCGAGACUGGCCUUGGAGACCCUGAUGGUCUGCUCCCCAGCAAGUGGUUCUACGGCAAGGACCAGCUCAACGACUUCCUCGCCUCGGAUCUUGACCUUCUCGUCAUCCUGCUCCCUCUCACAGAGCAGACGCGAAACAUGAUAUCCAAGGAGCAGUUUGCGCUGCUGAGUAAGAAGAAGACAUACGUCUGCAACGCCGGACGAGGACCCAUUAUCAACACUGAGGAUCUAAUCACGGCGCUGGACACGGAGCAGAUCCGAGGUGCUGCUCUCGACGUGACAGAUCCUGAGCCGCUGCCCUCGGACUCCAAGCUUUGGGGUUACAAGAAUGUCAUUAUCACGCCGCACUGCGCUGGAAACUCGAACCAUGUUUAUGAGCGGGUGUUUAAGAUCUUGACGUAUAACUUGGAGAGGAGAAGCAAGGGGGAGCAGCCGAUUAACAAGGUUAGAAAGUCGCUUGGAUAUUAG